GAAUUAAUUAAGGUCGAACUACGCUUAAUAAACUUAAGGCUAAAACUAGCAGAAUCCUAGUCAUUAUGGUUCAUAUUACAUCCAAAAUGUUGUAAUCCUUGUAGAUUAUAUAGACUACCAAAGAUUCACAUGAAUAAUACUCCACAAAAGCCAGCGGUUGAUCCUACAAAUUCACCAUCAUAUAAUCCGAAGAUCUACCUAGCUAAGGUACUCAAACCGUAUGACAAAUUGAUUAAUCAUGAAAUUAAAAACUCCACUGAAUUUAAGAAUAAUAUCGACACCAUCCACAUAGAAGAGAAUGAAAUGAUGCCAAGUUUUGAUGUUUCUUCCUUAUUUACUAAUGUAUUCAUCAAUAGAGUAUUGGAUAUUAUUUAUGAUUAUUUCGAAUCUGACUCAUAUUUUAAUUUACGAUCCCCGUUAGAUCCAUCCGAAGUUAUUAAGUGUUUGGAAUAGUGUUUACGAUUCACGUUAUUCACAUUUAG